AUGAAGAAUCCAUAUAGCCGUGUGCCCACGCCUUUUGCAAUUACAACCCCCGGCAGUUACAGUACGGCGAAGCCUACUCUAUUCGGUUACAACCAGUAUAUUCAAAAGAUUGUACGAUUGAAUGCAACCCUCAAUGCCGAGGCACAGGCGGCCAUUGAUGCAACAGAACCAACGUCUACCAUAUGGGAUGUCGAAGAGACUUCUACACCAAAUGACGCUGACACUACAUCUUCUUCAGAUAUCCAGCAACCAGCUGAACAGCGGCUCACUCAUCAAAAUAAUCCCUCGGGCUCCCCCACGGAAGGCUCCAAACCAUCGACAUUUGAUAGUUUGAAAAGGAUGCUAUCGAAGAAGACGACAGAGGAGAAGACAGUUAUUCACACCAGGGGGCUACGCAAGGCCAUCCUAGAUGAGGAGGAAGGCAGAUGGCCAAAUCAAGAAUGGCGACAGCUUGUGGCAACAUAUCAAGAAACAGUUGGAAUAGGUACAAAGGUCGCCGAUCUUCGUACCCGGCACCCGAUUCAGUAUUUCCACCUCCUCCGAGCUGGAUAUUUUGAGCCUAUUCCACUGGCUUGGGCAAAAUCAAUGUCUAAUCCUCUCAAUUUGUCCGUCAACGCAAUGAGUGGGUGGAGAGGAGUCACACCCGGUUGGAGAGGAUACAAAGAUCUCGCCGAGGAGCGUCUAUACUGGGUCAUGAAUCACACAGAAGGCAUUGUUGGGAGUAAGACGAAGCCCGAUGUCAUCUCUGCGAUGAGCAUGGCUCGAUCUAGGAUGGAAUCCGCGGUUGAAACACCUAUGGAAUACUCCUCACGCGAUGAUAUCUGCAAGGUCCAGUCUAUCUCCGAGACUUACUCGAAGCAGGUCAUGCCUCCUUUCAGAUACUUUGGGGAGCCGGCAAUUCCUUUAGACGAGACUAUAAUUCUCCUAGAGGUCUCUAAGUCUAUGAAUUUUGCACCGCUUCGCCCAAAUUAUAAGGAGCAUAUCGUUACAGGCUAUUUCACCUCUAAGCAGCCAAAGAGCAAAGGUGAAUAUCUUCCCCUCCAACCCAUCUACAUUCGAUACUAA